CUAUUCAUUUCAGUCAGUGCUAUCCUGCACCAGCACUCAAUCUGAAGGUGUACACCGCAGAAAAUCUGUAGGCAGCUGUACCGUUAAUUAUUUAAUUUCAUCAGUGUUGCCACCUAAACGGUAUACGCACGGACCGGAAAAUGUCGAAAGAGAAAAAAGAUAUGCAGGUGGAUUCACAUCCGGCAGGAGAGAAAGCGGCUUUAGCAUUAGACCAGCAUAUGAAGAUCAGCCCAUCGGGCAAGCUGGGUGAUGUGGAGACAGCCGCGGUCGUUCCCGAAAAGCAUCCUUAUCCCUGGUAUAUCAUCUUUAUUCUGGGAAAUGAAUUUUGCGAACGGUUCUCCUACUAUGGCAUGAAAGCGGUGUUAACGAUUUACUUCGUUGAUAUUAUGUUAUGGAGCGAAGACACAUCAACGCUGAUCUACCAUUUAUUCUCCGUUUUAUGUUACUUUACUCCGGUGUUUGGUGCUAUGUUGGCCGAUGGAUUUUUGGGAAAAUUCAACACCAUAUUUUCGCUGUCCUUGGUCUACGUGGCUGGAUUGGUACUCCUGACAUUGGCAUCGGUACCGCCAGUAAAUCUCGACCUAAUGGCUGGAACAGCCGCUGGGUUGAUCUUGAUUGGCCUCGGUACUGGUGGCAUCAAACCGGUCGUACCGGCCUACGGUGGUGACCAGUUCAAACCAGGCCAAGAAAAACAACGUGAAAUGUUCUUCUCGGUAUUCUACUUCUGUAUCAAUGCCGGAAGUCUGAUUUCUACGUUUUUGACUCCAAUUUUACGCUCGGAUGUCAGCUGCUUUGACAAGGAAGGCUGCUAUCCAUUGGCUUUUGGUCUCCCAGCGGCACUGAUGGUUGUUGCACUGCUCGCUUUUGCUGCCGGACGCCCAUUCUAUCGUAAUGUGCCAUCAAAGGUCAACAUCAUCGCCAAAGUGUUCGCCGUCUGCUUUCACGCCGGAAUGAAAAAGUUCCGUAGUCGAGGAGGUCGCGGCCCUUCCAAAAAGCACUGGUUGGACCAUGCCGAAGACAAAUACGAGCGCGAUUUCAUUAAGGAUGUCAAGCAGCUGUUGCCGGUACUGAAAAUGUUCUUGCCACUUCCCAUGUUUUGGGCUUUAUUUGACCAGCAAGGCUCUCGAUGGACGCUGCAAGCUACCAAGAUGGACGGCCGUGUGACAGACAACUUCUACUGGAAACCGGAUCAAGUGCAGAUUUUCAACCCGGUUAUGAUUCUGAUCCUCAUCCCCAUUUUCGAAGGCUGCGUUUUCCGCAUCUUGGACAAGUACAAUGUUCCUUUCAAAGCUCUGGCCCGUAUGACCGGUGGCAUGGUGUUAGCCGGUGUGGCAUUCGUUAUUGCCGGUGUCGUACAGAUGGAACUAGACAAAACUUUACCAACGCUUGUCCCAGUCAACCGUGCUGAACUGCAAAUGUACAAUACUCUUGACUGCGGGCUCAUCGUCAACGGUAACUUUACCGGUGGGAACAUGACUGAUAUGGUCAUACCUGCACGAGGAGGAUUCGCAUUUGCCAGUACGAAAGAGGCAGUGGGGCCUGAAAUAAAGCUACCACCCAAUACGACCAUGGCGCCAUACGCAUUCACUAUCCAGGUGUCACCCAAUACGACGUGCAACGGCAUCACGUUCAACCAUCCCGUCCCUUUCACGUUAAACUUGAACGAGACCAGAGUCCACUCCGUUCUCAUUGGCCAACACGACAAGACCUUCUCAUUCCAGCAUUUGGUUAUUGACGAAAAGGUUAAGCCAAAAGAAGGUCGAGUCUUCGCACAGUUUGUGCUACCUUUUGCUUUUAACACGCCGUCGGGCGGCGGCCAUGUCAUCCUCAUCAAUAACGAUGUGGCCAUCGGGAAAAAAGGUCACAGAUACGAGUUGAAUUUUAAUCGCGGCAGUGGAAUGUUUGGUCCGUACCAGACACCACUGGUCAAUGUGUCCCAGGAACUGGAUCAGGGCAAAUAUGAAGUGUGGUACCCAGACCAGAGUGAUCCCAAAGGUACCCGCAAGCUGAACUACAUCAUGGAACUGGCCAACGGAGCCGUCUAUACCAUCGUACUGCGCGAUGAUAAGACCCUGGCCGCGAACGAAGUGCCCUGGACCGUGCACACCAUUGUCGCAUCCAGCACUCUGUCCAUCUUCUUGCAGCUACCGCAGUACUUUGUCAUGACCGUUGGUGAAGUCUUGUUCUCCGUCAGUGGGCUGUCUUUUGCCUAUUCUCAGUCUCCAGCAAGUAUGAAGUCCGUGCUGCAAGCUGGUUGGUUGAUGACCGUGGCGUUUGGUAACGUCAUUGUGCUGAUUAUCAGUGGAGCCAAGCUCAUCACUGAUCAGGCGUCGGAGUUUUUCUUGUUUGCUGGCUUGAUUGGUGCUUUCGCUAUCCUCUUCGCCGUCAUGUGCCGAUACUACAAAUAUGUGGACACUGACAAGAAGGAUGACGACAUGAUGCAGGUUAAAGAGAAGGAGGAAACCGAUACUAUGUAAUUUUCUGGCGUUUACAAAGUUUUAACGUUUUAUCUUUUAUGCUUCUUUUGUACAGACACUUUUAGAAUUCCUGAUUAGAUCGAUGUGAUAAGGUGCUCGAUCGUUUCUACUAAAACAAAAGUCAUGCAGCCUCAGA